GUUGCUAUGUGAUAAAUAGUCAUAAAUUUCUUUGCUUUUAUUUAUUUGAGGUUUAUUUAUUUACAGAGUUGAGUUUCUUGGACCAUUAGCUGCGAUGUACCCGUUCAGCAUGUCCUCCAACGGAGGGUUCAAGGAGUACUUCAGAGGGUUCUCCGUGGCCAUGCUUCCAGGCCAGGAACGAGAGGACGUCGAGAAGGGUGGCAAGAUCAUCAUGCCGCCGAACGCCCUGGAGGCUCUCACCAGACUCAACGUCACCUACCCCAUGCUCUUCAAGCUCAGGAACCCCAAGAGCAAGAGGAUAACUCACUGCGGGGUCCUCGAGUUCGUCGCCGAUGACGAUAAUGUCUAUCUGCCGCACUGGAUGAUGAUGAACCUCUCCCUCGAAGAAGGAGGUAGAGUCGAAGUGGAGAGCGCUUCUCUACCAGUAGCGACCUUCUCCAGAUUUCAGCCGCAGUGUCCAGACUUCCUCGACAUCUACAAUCCCAAAGCCGUCCUGGAGAACACACUCAGAGGAUUCGCCUGCCUCACUGCUGGCGACAUCAUCAACAUCAAGUACAACCAGAAGAAUUACGAACUUUCAGUAUUGGAGACGCAGCCGGGAGACGCUGUUUCCAUCAUAGAGUGCGAUAUGAACGUGGACUUCGCUCCUCCUGUGGGUUACGUCGAGCCGCAGGUAGAAAAACCGCCGGAACCAGAGGAAGAGGAGAUGGUCACUGACGUGUUUGUUCCUUUCAGCGGCGCUGGAGUCAGGCUGGACGGCAAGACGAAGAAGCGGAACGAUCUUUCUCCACUGCCUAAGAGGGUCUCGACGGUGAGAGGUAUCCCGGACAACGACUGGACGGUAGGGACUUUGGUCUUCAUGAGGAACGUCCGACCAAAAGAAACUGCUGAGAAAAAAGAUGAAGAAAAGUUCCAGCCAUUUUCGGGAGCAGGAAAUUCUUUAAGCUAACCUCUAUGUAAAACUCCAUGACAGCAAAUAGCAUGUGCUUUUGUUUUAAUUGUAAUUUAAUAUGUUUUUUUUUCAAUUUU